UUUACACCACCAUUAGUUGCCGGCCCCCCCCUCAGAAUAAGAGUCUCACAGAAUAAUGGCAGGUGAAGCGGCGGGGAUAGGUUGUCAGUGGAGACUGGACAUUCUGCGAGAAUUGCGGCUGAGGAACAAACGCGAGAGUGGAGGCUUCUCUGAACUAAUUGCUUCUCACGGGAAGCUACAGGAGCAGCUGAACGCCGUGCAGAAGGAGAUCACGAGAUUAGAAUACCAGAACAACGAGUUGGACCAGAAAAAUGCAGCCCUGUUGUCAGAGGGAUCCAGUGUCAGUGGGAGUUCAGGAGGGAAAGGUAACCAGCGGCGUACAGAGGAGCUGCAGUCAAAGGUGAUGAAACAGGCAGAGGAGUUGGUGGAGAUGCACAAGAAGGUGGGAGAAGUGACGACCCAGCUGGCUGAGCUCACCACACAGCUCCGUAAGAAAGACAACGACCUGGUCAAGAAGGAUGAGAGGGUGAGAGAGGCCACGUCUCAGCGGAAGAGGCUGGAGGAGGAGUUAGACACAGCGAAGAAGGAGCUGGCCUCCGCUCAGCAGACCAAUCAGGCUCUGGUGGACGAGCAUCAGGCUCUCCAGCUGGCCUACAACUCCCAUGAGGUGAAACUGAAGGAAGUAGAGGCGGAGAAUGACCGACUGAGGAAGCAGCUGAUGUCGUACAAGGUGAAAGAUGCUGACAGACUCAAUGAUCAGAAUGAAAAGUUUCGAAGUGACCGAGAGAGGCAGCUGAAGGAAGAGAUCGAGCAGGCAACCAGGGAACCGUCUGUCGCCACAGCAACCAGCAAACACUCGUCCGACAAGAAGCCCAGAAAGGGAUCUCUCUCAGUCACUGAAGGAUCAAUCUGCCCAACUACCCCCCUGGAGUCCAUGGAAGUUCACGACAAUGAGGUGAGUGCUCUGUGCUUCGAUGGCCAGGGGAACUACAUGGCGACAGGGGGAGCUGACAAGGUUGUGAAGGUGUGGUGCUGGAGGGAAGGACUGGAGAAGCUGGAGGCGAAGUGCAAUCUGACUGGCAGUGGGGCGAGUAUAAUGUCUGUUCAGUUUGACCACCAGUCUAAGAUGGUGCUGGCAGCCUGCAAUGAUCAUGCCUCUCGCAUUUGGAGUAUCCAUGACCAGAGGCUGAAGCACACUCUCACUGGUCACUCAAACAAAGUCAUGUCUGCAAAAUUCCUCGAUGAGAGCCAGAAAGUGGUGACUGGAAGUCAUGACAGAACUCUCAAGAUAUGGGACAUCCACCACAAGACAUGUGCCAAGACCCUGUUUGCUGGCUCCAGCUGUAAUGAUGUCGUCACUAGAGGAGUUAGGGGUGGCAUUAUCAGCGCACACUUUGACAAGAGGAUAAGAUUCUGGGAUCUAAGGUACUGUGUCUCUCCAACUAUAGUAGCAGCUGGUAUUCCCUGAGACAGGUCAGCCACAGCCAAUGAGAUUGCUUUGCAGGGAAAAGUGACUUCUCUGGACAUAUUCCCAGGUGAGCGGCUCCCACUGGUUGUGCUGAUAGUCGGAUUCUCCUCUGGCCCCACAGAUCAGCACCUCCUCCUCUGCUGCUCCAGAGACGAUACUCUGAGACUCAUUGACCUGAGACAGAAUGCCAUUACUGCCACAUUCACGGCUCCAGGGUUUCAUGUUGGUGUCGACUGGACCAGAGCUGCCUUCAGUCCUGAUGGGCAGUAUGUGGCAGCUGGCUCCUCUGACGGCACUCUCUUUGUGUGGGAGACAUUCUCUGGCAAAGUCAAGACUCGAAAAGAGCACGGGAAGGAGAUAGUGACGUGUGCGUGGCACCCCAAGGGACAGUUGUUUGCCAGUGCAGAUCGCAACAAACGCAUCAUACUUUGGCGCCGCUAGCCAGUGACACAAACUUUACACAGAGCAAUGAAAUAAUGUGUAGAAGUAGAUGUGUCUGUGUGUAUAUUAUGUUCAUUCAUUUUCCCAUAGUUUGAAGGUCCUAUCAUAAGAGGCAGUCACAAAAUACUUCUGAUUGGGUGAGACAUCAACACACAUGACCUUUCCCUCAUGUCCAGCUAGAGUACGCAGUGGGGUCCAGCCAGGGUGUGCCCAGAUCUUGGCCGAGUUGUCAUACGAAGAGGACACCAGGAACCCCCCGUGCAAGCUCUGAAACUUGACGUGUGAGACAAGAUUGGUGUGGGCAGGGAUGGUGUAGACACAGGACUGCUUCCUCAGGUCCCACAGACGAAUGGCAUUGUCGUUGCCUCCAGUUGCUACGUGGUAACCGUUGGGACUGAAAUCCAUGGCCAGAACACUCUGCAGGUGUCCGUCCAGUAACAUGAGGCAGCGGCCUGUGCGAAGAUCCCACACUCUGCCACAUGAGUCCAGCCCACUGGAGCCAGCCAGAGAGCCAUCGGGGUGGAAACAGACAGAGUAGACGGGUCUGGAGUGACCUUCUUGGUGGAGGACCUCCAUACGGCACUCCAGGUCCCACAGUCUCCAGGAGUGGUCAAACGAAGCUGCUGCUAGGAACCUUCCUGACGGAUGGAAGGCAAUACGUGAGAUGCGGUGGGCGUGGCCUUCUAGCUCUCCCAUUGGUGUGUCACUGGGGAGGAAUGAGCUGAAGCAGCUGGAGGGUGUGUGUGUGUGUGUGUGUACCUCUGGAGGUCCCAGAGAGAGAUGGAGCCGUCUGCUGCACAGGAGGCGAGGUUGAGAGCAGUUGGGGAGAGGGAGAUGGUGGCCUGGGGAUGCCACACUAUGGAGCCUGCUCUCUCGUUGUGACUGCGCAGUACUCGGAUGAGGUUGCAGGAUGGAAGGGACCACAGCUUGCACAGACCACUCCUGCAGGGAGACCAGAUCAGUAUAUAGACGGGGGGAGA